AUGUCAGAUGCCGGGGUCCCCGGUCUCCCCCAGCUCUCUCCCGCUUUGGCUCGGGUGCAGUUUAGGGAUGCUUUGGCUCUGCGCCCGCCCGCCUGGGAGGCUCAGGGGCGGAGGGGGCGCUCCCCAGCCAGCGGACAGAUCAGCAUCUGCAGCCGCAGCCCGCAGCCCGAGGCGCCUGUUUUAAUGCCAGCCGUGCAGGAAGCCGGCUCGCGGAGGAAGUCCCCGAGUACUGGCAAGGCUGGCGUGGCCCUGCGGCCCCGGCGGGGAGAAGCUGAGCAGGGCGCCGCCAUGUUUAUGGGCAGUCGCCCCACCAGGGACCCGCGACCGCUUACUGCCUGGAAAGGGAGGGAUGCUGAGCCCGGUGGGAACGGUCUGGUGACCUCCAAACAUGGACCUGCGUACCUAGUCAAGUUGCGGAACCCCUGGGGAAGAGUGGAAUGGAAAGGAGACUGGAGUGACAGCUCAAGUAUGUGGGAGCUACUGAGCCCCACAGAGAAGAUUCUGCUGCUGAGGAAAGAUGAUGAUGGAGAAUUCUGGAUGACACUGCAGGACUUUAAAGCACAUUUCAUGCUUCUGGUCAUCUGUAAACUGAGCCCAGGCCUGCUGAGUCAGGAGGUGGGCCAGAAGUGGUCGUACACCAUGCUGAAGGGGAGAUGGGAGAAAGGGACCACGGCUGGUGGCCCGACAAAGUCACCCCAAGACACAUUUUGGAAGAACCCGAAGUUCCUGCUGUCAGUCUGGAGGCCCCAGGAGGGCAGGAGGUUCCAGAUGCCUUGCAGUGUGCUGGUGUCCCUGCUCCAGAAGCCCAGGCACAGGCACCGCAACGUGAAGCCUCACCUCGCCAUUGGCUUCUACCUCUUCAGGAUGAGCAAGAGCUAUGAUGACCAGAGGAGACUGCCUCCCAAGUUCUUCUGGAAAAAUGCUCCCCUGAAUUGGCCUGAGACGUUUCUCAGAGAGAAGGAAGUGAGUCGGGAGCUGUGGCUGGAGCCUGGGACAUACGUCAUUGUGCCCUGCACAUCUGAGUCCCGCCAGGAGUCUGAGUUUGUCCUCAGAGUCUUCUCCAGGAAACGCGUCUUUUAUGAAAUUGGCCACAGUUCAAGUGUCAUCUUCCCUAAGGAAACUGUAGACCAAAUGGAGGAGGAUGAAUUCUUCACCCAACUCUUUGAAAAGCAUCCAGAAAUAAAUGCAGUCCAACUGCAGAAGAUCCUGAAUCACAUGCCCUGGUCGGAUCUAAGGAGCGAACAGCCUCUCUUCAGCCUCGAGGCCUGCCAGGGGAUCCUGGCCCUACUGGAUCUUAAUGCGUCCGGCACCGUGAGUAUUCAGGAAUUCAGGGACCCAUGGAAGCAGCUGAUGCUCUAUCAGGAGGUUUUCCACAAGCAAGACACUAACCGCUCAGGAUGCCUGAACUGGGCCCAGCUGCGGGCUGCCACGAGGGACACAGGAAUCGCGCUCAGUGAUGACGUCUGCCAGCUGAUGCUUAUCCGCUACGGUAGCCCUGACCUCCAGAUGGACUUCGUCAGCUUUGUCCGCUUGAUGCUGCUUGUGGAGAACAUGCAGGACGUCUUCCAAAACUUGACCCAAGAUGGCAAAGGGAUAUACCUGCAGAAGCCAGAAUGGCUGAUGAUGACUCUGUACUCCUGA